CGAACUGUUUAGUUUUGUUGUUACUGUGAUAGGCGCAGCUGCACAUUCCUUUAACCUGAUUUACUCCAUUUCAUAACCCCCUUCACAUCUGUUAGCAGUCUGCUUCCUGGUUCCCGUUUACACUGCUGUAAUUAACGAGAAAUCAACAAGCCGUUAUACUGUCAUGCUUCACCACAUCUUUCCCUCUGAACCUCGGCAGAAGCAGGCUUGAUUCUGAGCUGCAGUCACAGAGUACCGAAAGUUUUAUUUGAAUGAGUACUCUUCUUCUUGUCACCCUUGGCUUCAUCUUUCUCCUCUUACCUGGAGACUUGUUAGCCCAGUUCAGUUUCACAGAGAACGUACCAGUCUACCAUCUAGGUUAUCACCAGCAGCCAAGUUUCAACUACCAGUACCACUCUUGUAGCUUCGCGACUAGUGGCUGGUCGGAGUGGAUGCCGAAAAGUUGCAACAGAUGUGGACAAUCUCGACACCGAUAUUGUCUAGGUGCUUACAACGGUUGCGGUGAGUGGUACUGUAUUGGUAACAAAUUGGAUUACUGCCAGAUUCCCUGCCCCAGACUCCGAACAACGGACCCACGUGUUAAAGUAGACCCCCCGCGUCAUAGCAAGGCGUGUGGAGCACGUGUAACAUUUUUGUGUCCGGAAUGUUACUCUCCAUCAGGAGGGAGUGUGUCGAGUGAAUGUCUACCGAACAGCACGUGGUCACAUUCAGACCCUACUUGUUCUCCUGUGUCCUGCUCCAAACCUUUCCAGAUUAAUAACGGGUAUGUUAGGUGGGGAGCAAACUGUGGAGAUACCGCAGUUUAUAAAUGUUAUUACGGCUACGAACUUAUAGGGGUAGCAGAGUUAAGGUGUAGUGAUAGAGGAUAUUGGGACCCCCCAGAUGCACCUAUGUGUAUCCCAGUGAAGUGUCCUCACCUCACCAGACCUGAGAAUGGGAUUAUAAUCAUGCUGAUCCGAUCUUUCAGAGCUAGAGCUUACUUCAGGUGUAGAAUGGGCUACGAACUACACGGACCUCGCUCCAUCAGAUGCAGUGCCUCUGGUUCCUGGUCUCCGGCCCCACCUGCAUGUAUCAGGACUUAUUCUAGUAACUCACCGGGAUAACAUCUUGGCUGUUAGGUUUUCAAAAUGUUGGCAUUGGACUUAAUUUUUUGUAAAUAACUAAAAACUAUAAACAUUUCUAACCUAGUUAAAAUGAAGUAUGAAUGUAACGAAUUGGCGGAUUACAUGGCGUUAAAAUGAUGAAUGUAAAUAAGUGUGAAAUUGAAGGGAACAAACUGAUUUUAUCGUCAUCGAAGCAGAAUAUUUUAUUUUUAAAUAAUUGAAUUCGAUAAAUUUAAAACCACGAAGUACACUAGUCGGGGGUUGAGAAAACUAUUUUAAAUUUAUAUACUAUAUAUAGCCGAUCUGUUUUAUCUUAAGUUUAAGUUAUUUGAUAGUGAUGUUGUUAUUUCAGUGAUUAAAAUAAAGAAUGCGUACUUCAACAAUUCAUA